AUGGUCGACGCCUCCAAUGUUGCAGUAGGCGCGACUCACCAGCAGCAACUUGCAAACCACACUCAACCCUUAGAUUUCAUCUCCAGGAAGUUAUUACCCGCCGAGACGCAUUAUAGCACAUUUGAACGGGAGCUCCUUGCUGUCUACCUCCCCGUGAAACACAUCCGGCACUUCCUUGAGGACAGGGACUUCACUGUGUUCACGGAUCACAAGCCCCUUUCGUUCACUCUCAAGUUCACCUCUGACAAGCUCAACCACCGGAAAAUUCACCAACUGGACUGCAUCUCACAGUUUACCUCAGACAUCCGCCACAUCGACGGGUCACGCAAUGAGGUGGCUGUCACACUGUCAGGGCCCUCCAUCGCACAUCACCAACCUACUCACGGGAUCGUCCUUGCUGAGAUGGCUGUUGGUUCUCCCUGUAACGAGGACGUUUCCGCACCUCAACUCCAGCACCUGCCACUGACUGCUGGCAACGACACCAUUGUAUACAACGUCUCCACCACUUUCCACCGCCCCUUUGUGCCACCAUCCCUCCGCCUCAAAGUCUUCUCCUCCCUGCACAACCUUUCUCACCCUGGGAGUCGAGUUACCGAGAAGCUGUUUUCUGGCUAUUUCGUCUGGACUGGUCCAACGACACAACAAAGCUCACAUUGGCACCUUCCCUACUCCGGACGCACGGUUCCGUCAUGUUCACCUGGACAUCUUAGGCCCCCUGCCUCUGUCCAAUGGCUGUUCCUAUCUCCUUACCUGCGUGGAUCGAUUCACCCGCUGGCUGGAAGCUAUUCCCCUGCCUGA